CGAUAUUUGUCACGUUCGUAUCUCGUUAGCCUCCAUUGCUGAAGAAAAACAGAUCAUUUGUGUCCGCUGAACGAGGAGCAGGCUGUUUAAAGGCAUCCGUUUUGUUUUAACUCCACAGAAGUUGGAGGUUUAAAGUUUGAUGGUUUAGCUGAAACGUGGAGUUUUAGAGUAAUAUCUGGGAACCAGUGAGAGCUUCAGAUAAUGCUGACGACGGGAGCGGCUGUAACCAACGUCACAGCCCUGGCCCAGGUGGACAGAGAGAAGAUUUACCAGUGGAUCAAUGAGCUGUCCAGCCCUGAGACCAGAGAAAAUGCUCUGCUGGAGCUGAGCAAGAAGCGCGAGUCGGUGCCGGACCUGGCGCCCAUGCUCUGGCACUCCUUCGGCACGAUUGCUGCCCUGCUGCAGGAAAUAGUGAACAUCUAUCCAUCCAUAAACCCGCCGACGCUCACGGCCCAUCAGUCCAACAGAGUGUGCAACGCCCUGGCUCUCCUGCAGUGCGUCGCCUCUCAUCCAGAGACGCGGUCAGCGUUCCUCGCGGCUCACAUCCCCCUCUUCCUGUAUCCCUUCCUGCACACCGUCAGCAAGACGCGGCCGUUCGAGUACCUGCGCCUCACCAGCCUCGGGGUCAUAGGCGCUCUGGUGAAAACAGAUGAACAAGAAGUGAUUAACUUCCUCCUGACCACCGAGAUCAUCCCGCUAUGCCUCCGCAUCAUGGAGUCGGGCAGCGAACUCUCCAAAACGGUUGCUACAUUCAUACUACAGAAGAUCCUGCUGGACGACACCGGUCUGGCUUACAUCUGUCAGACAUACGAACGUUUCUCCCACGUGGCCAUGAUUCUGGGGAAAAUGGUUCUGCAGCUCUCCAAAGAACCGUCGGCCCGCCUGCUGAAACACGUGGUCCGCUGCUACCUUCGCCUCUCAGAUAACCUCAGAGCCAGAGAGGCGCUGCGUCAGUGUCUGCCGGACCAGCUCAAGGACAGCACCUUCGCCCAGGUUCUGAAGGACGACACCACCACCAAGCGCUGGCUCGCUCAGCUCGUCAAGAACCUGCAGGAGGGCCAGGUCACGGACGCCCGGGGCAUCCCGCUCGCCCCGCAGUGACGCGGCGGCGACCCGCGGCGGGACUCCCUGUUAGGGACGCGCUUUCACCACGCCUGGUGCUAAGACUGUCCGCGCAGGACAGGAGACGACGGAGGACGAGUUUCUUUUCAUGUUUUUGGUUACGAACUGUUCAAUUUUCAGAAACUGUAGAUUUUCAAACCUGAUGCUGAUAAUAAAUGUUUUACUGAGACCCAUAA